GAAGCCACUGUUGCUGCGAUUGCCUGCGUUAUGCCAGAAGAACCUCAUGUCUCUGUUAAUGGCUGUUCAGCCUUUGCUGCCUGCAAGUGGGCUUCUCUCUGUGCUGCGUAUUGCACAGCAGGAAGUCGCCUCUGCCCCAGAUGCCUGGCUCCAGGCCCUAGGGAUACUGCUGCAAAGAGAUCUGGGUGACAGGGACCCUGUUGAGGGAGUCUCUCCACUGUCCCAAACUUGCCAGAGGCAGCUCCGCGGCCUGUGCAGGCAGCUGGGCCAGGGGGGCAGGAGGCUGAGAUCGCCUCAGGCUCCAAACCCUGAAGAGGACAAAGAAGAGGAGGAUAGCAGGGACUCUCAGACUCCACACCCAGUGCAGGAAGAGGACACAGUUACCGGGGACUCCCAGCAGCAGGAGAAGCGCAGGAAGGAGCCAGAAGAUGCCAGUCCUGGCAGCCAGAGGGCCCCCAAGAGGAUCCGGAGUUGGCAAAGGGAAGAAGAGAAAGACCAGAAGGAGGAGCACGAGGCCUUGGCCUCCCCGGCAGAGGAAGGAGGUGCACUACCCAAGAAGCAGCAGCUUGUUGGGGGAACUGAGGCCAGGGAGGCUGGCCAGAGGCUGGAGGCCAAGAACCCAGCUGAAAGAGUGGAGCUGCCUAAAGCUGUCCAGGACCAGGUGACCAGGCUGCAGAAGCUGUUGAAGACCUUUGAGGAGGGGCUGGAGGUGUUGGAGGACAGCUCUCCAGUUGAACUGCAGUUUCUGCAUGAGUGUAGCCCCAGCCAGAUGGAGUGGCUGUGUGUCCAGCUGCAGCUCCCACAGCUGUCAGAUGCAGGCCUCCUGCAGUUCUGCACCCAGCUGCUGGCCCUCUCCCCACACCUGAGCAUCGGAAAUGCCACUGUGCUGGCCAGGAGCCUCUUUCUUGGACGGGUCCUCUCCCUGACUUCCUCCGCAUCUUGGCUGCUCAGAACAUCCCUCACCUCCUUCUGUGCCAAGUAUACCUACCCGGUCUGCAGAGCCCUCUUGGACCCUGUGCUCCAGGCCUCUGGCAUAGGUCCAGCUCAGACAGAGUUACUGUGUUCUCUGAUGAAGGAGGAGUCUCUCGAGACAGACAUGCAGCUCCUGAUGCUCAGGCACAUGCUGGAGCUGUCCUGGAGGGAUGAGACGUUCGUGGUGCUGCAGGCGCUUCUGGAACGGCAGGUGAGCUGGCGGCUGCCCUGGCCUGUCUGUGGGGAGCACGGGCUGCUGGGAUCCCUGGCCU